CACGUCGACAACGACAGCGUCGACGCAGAGGCAGAGGCAGAGGCAGAGGACGUGUUGUUGUUGCCGUUGAAGCCAACGCAAAUGGCAGACCCUCUAAGCGGGCCCUGCUUUUGAGACAUGUCGUAAUGGCCAGAGAGGAGUCUCGCGGCAAGCGACCACUGAAAAUUUGGGAUAGUUGGCGGAAUGUGCGCAAAGGCGUCGUAGUUGGUACAUUUGAGGAGCUAUUGGUGCGCGGCAAGGACAAAUUGGGGGUUCCUGCUUCAGAACCCGUGCGCGUUGUUCUGGAGUGUGAUGGAACCCAAAUUGAGGAUGGCGAAUACUUUCGCACCCUGGCCAACAAUACGGUACUCUUGCUGUUGAGGCAGGGCGAGCGAUGGUAUCCAACCGGUGUGGAUGUCAUAAAGGCUGCUAUAUCAGCUAUACCGAAAAUCGUCUGUGAGACGAUCCAUGCACUGGAACUGCACGAUGAGACACCAUCUUGGAAGAUUAUGGAUAAUAAAGGGCGUGUCACGGUCGUAUUGCACUGGGAUCAGCGCCAGGGUGGCGGUGGAGGCGGCGGCGGCGGAGGAGGAGGUGGUGGUGGUGCUGGUGGAGGAGGCGGCGGCGGCGGCAUGUGCAUGGGCGCCGGCCUGGGCAGCAGCAAUGGACUGCUGUCAUCGGACAAGUACUCGCCCUCGAAGAAGGGCCUCUCUGCGCAAAGUUCGCUGGAUAACAAAUCGGUGUCCUCGCAAUCCUCACAGCCGCGCUAUGCCAGCCCACAAAUAACGGUCAUUAGCGACGAGGGCCCGGCGAGCAUUUACCAUCCGGGCGGCGUUGUCCUGCCGCCAGGCGUUGUGAUACCCGGCAGCAAUCGCCGACUCUCCAAACAGGGCGGCUCCUUUGAUAGCGCCGUAAACGCAGUACAUGUGCAUACGCCCGAGUGUGCCCAUCAUGCGCACACGCCCAGCCGGGCGGGCAGCCCCAGCACCACGGAGUGCGACUUCCAUUGCUGUGCGCUGCACGAGGAGGGCCGCAAGAUAGCCGUGCACAAGAGCGUGGCCACCUCGCCCAUACAGGACGGCAGCAGCAGUCCGCAGCCGCAGCUGCAGCAUCAGCAGCAGCAGCAGCAGCUGCAGGCGCAUCAGGCGACGCUGGCGAUGUCCUCAUCGGUUAUGGAUCCUAUGCUAGGCGGCAGCGGCAGCGGCAGCAUGCAGCGUCGCUCGUCGGGCGCCAAGGGUCAUGUGCGCUUCCUGGACAUUGCACCGGAGCGCGACAGCUCGGAGAGCGAAACGGAGAACACGGUGAUGGAGGAUGAUAAGACGACGACGGAGAAGUUUCUGUUGCUCAUCGAUCAGCUGUCUGUCGACCAGAAGCGCCAUCUUAGCAUCAAGGAUAUCGGCAUUAUACUGGAGCGCCUCAAUUCCAAGAUCCUGGACGUUGAGCGUCUGGAUCGCGAGUCCGAGUCGGAUGAUUGUUAUAACUGGACGAUAAAGGCGACAAUACGCGGCGAUGCGUUGCGCGAACUGGGCGUCAUCUACAAUGGCAACUACUAUGCCAUAUCCGAGCAUCCUGGCUACAAGGAGGAGCUCGAGGAGAACGGUGAGGAGGUCGAGGAGGAGGAGGAGGACGAAGAGGAUAGAAUUUAAAAGAAAAACAAACUAAACAAACAUUAAUUAACAAAUUUCCAAAUGGGAGAAUCGAUCAUAAAAAUGGUAUCAAUAAUUAGCGCAUUUUUAGACAGGACACGCGCGCAGCGGCAACGCGGCCACGCCCCAAACGCCACACACAAACAAACACACACACAUAUAAAAGAAAACCUAUUAUGAAUUAUAAAAGAAUU